GCAAAUGAUUCAUUAAAAAAAAAAAGGCAAAUAAUAGACGUAGGCCGUUAUGUUCCCACGCUUCCAGGAUCUACCAACUGCCAUUGUUUACAAGUAUGAAAUUCCUGAAUCUCAAGGCAAUUUCUUCUUAUAAUUUAGCAGCUUUGGUAUUUCCAAAGAGGAAUCUCUCGUUUUUUUCAGAGACCCAAUUAAGCAAACCUCUUAUUGAGAAGAGUUUCUUCAAAUCUAAUUCCAAAGAUGGCCUCAUAAGCCGAUUGUGCAUUGACAAGAGAUACAAAGAAGCCGUGGACAUUCUCUGCGACCAAAAGCGUUUAAAAGAGGCCGUUCAAUUGCUCAACCGUAUAGAACGACCUUCUGCUUUAAUAUACUCUACUAUUUUAUGCCAUUGCCUUCAUGAACGAGCUCUUGAAGAAGGAAAACUGGUCCAUGCUCACACCAAAGCCUCCGGGUUAGUUCCCGGGUUGUUUAUAUCUAAUCGUUUUAUCGAUUUGUAUGCCAAAUGUGGGUGUCUUGGGGAUGCCCGGAAGGUGUUUGAUGAAAUGCCUGACAAGGAUUUGUGUUCUUGGAAUACCAUGAUUUCCGGGUAUGCUAAAGUCGGGAAGCUUGAUGAAGCCCGGAGAUUGUUCGAUGAAAUGCCCGAUAGAGAUCAUUAUUCUUGGUCGGCGAUGAUAUCGGGGUAUGUUCGCCAAGACUGGGCCAAAGAGGGUUUAGAGUUGUAUAGGAUGAUGCAAAGAUGUGAGAAGUCGAGGUGUGAUAAGUUUACCGUGUCUAGUGUUCUUGCUGCUGCAGCAGCUAUACCGAGUUUGCGUGUGGGGAAAGAGAUUCAUGGUUACGUAAUGAGAACAGGGUUGGACUCGGAUGAGGUGGUUUUGAGUGCCUUGUUGGAUAUGUAUGGGAAAUGUGGGAAUAUAGAUGAAGCUAGGCGUGUUUUUGAUAAGAUGGUGGAGCGAGAUGUUGUUACGUGGACUGCCAUGAUUGACAGAUGCUUUAGAAGUGGGAGGAGUAAAGAUGGAUUUUCUUUGUUCAUGGAGUUGAUGAGUUCGGGAACUAGGCCUAAUGGGUUUACGUUUUCUGGGGUUUUAAAUGCAUGCGCUGAUCAUGCGGCUGGGGAUCUAGGUAAGCAAGUCCACGGAUACAUGACUAGGAUAGGGUUUGAUCCACUUUCGUUUGCAGCAAGUGCCCUUGUGCACAUGUAUGCUAAAUGUGGGAACAUUGAGAACGCAAAAAGAGUGUUUAAAGGGAUGCCUAAGCCUGAUUUAGUAUCGUGGACUUCUCUAAUUGUCGGAUAUGCUCAACACGGUCAACCGAAUGAGGCGCUUCAGAUGUUCGAAUCGCUACACAAAUCAGGCAUAAAGCCUGAUCAUGUUACUUUUGUAGGUGUUCUUUCUGCUUGUACUCAUGCGGGAUUAGUUGACAAGGGACUUGAAUAUUUUCACUCAAUAAAGACAAAACAUGGGCUAGGAUAUACUGCAGACCAUUAUGCCUGUAUAGUUGAUAUAUUGGCCCGAGCUGGCCGGUUCAAAGAAGCUGAAGAAAUCAUCAACGGAAUGCCCAUAAGACCGGAUAAAUUCUUGUGGGCUUCCCUUCUUGGUGGUUGUAGAAUUUAUGGAAACCUCGAGCUCGCGAAACGAGCUGCUGAGGCACUGUUUGAGAUAGAGCCCGAAAAUCCUGCAACAUAUGUUACUCUAGGUAACAUUUAUGCUGCUGCUGGCAUGUGGGGUGAAGUGGCCAAGGUCAGAAAGACCAUGGACAAGAGAAAGGUGGCAAAGAAACCCGGUUUGAGUUGGAUUGAGAUCAAGAGAGAAAAACAUGCAUUUACAAUAGGGGACAUGUCUCAUCCAAGAUUCAAUGAAAUCGAUAUGUUUUUGCAAAAGCUUUCAAAGAGGAUGAGGGAAGAAGGGUACAUCCCAAACACGAACUUCGUGUUACAUGACGUCGAAGAAGAGCAGAAAGAACAAAACCUAGCUUAUCACAGUGAGAAGCUUGCAGUUGCAUUUGGAAUUAUAUCUACUCCACCAGGAACACCAAUUAAGGUUUUCAAGAAUCUAAGAACCUGCGUGGACUGCCAUACCGCCAUCAAGUUUAUCUCUAAAAUUGUCGAUAGAAAGAUAAUUGUGAGGGAUUCGAAUCGGUUUCAUUGUUUUGAGAAUGGCAGCUGUUCUUGCAGGGACUAUUGGCGAUUUAACUUUCUCAGAGGACAAUCAACCAUUUCAGAAAUGUUUGGUUAUUUGAGUAUUUCAGCAUCAACAUCAAAAUUUGAGUCUUUCACGGUUGAUCAUGUAAAAAGAGAGGAAAAGGUAUUAUUCAGACUUGAACAAUACUAA